UGAGUCAGCACUAAGGUUAGCGCUGCUUUAGCAUCAGACAGCGAGACACCACCUGCAGCGGGACACCACCUGCCGGAGCAGCUAGCUGGCUGGUGCAGCAUGGAGCAGAGCGAGUUGACCACAGGCAGCGAGGCGCGUGCCGGCAGCAGCGGGGCGACGCCUUCAGACGUGUUGAGCAGGAAGCUGAGGGCCCAGCAGGAAGUCGAGGACGAGAAGAACGCACCUGAGGUUGAACACGCCCUCCAGGGAGAACACCGUCUGGCUCUGGCCAGGGCUCAGCGGCAGGUGGAGCAUGUGCGCUCCUUCUGGCAGGAGGAGUUCGACGCCUUCCGAAAACGGCAGGAGGCGGCGGCGGAGGAGGCGCUGAGAGCCGCCAAGGAGGAGUGGAGGCGUCGCUGGGAGGAACGGGAGGAGGAGAUGUCUGCGGACCUGUGGUCCCUCAGGGAGCGCAUGCAGAGACACGUGGAGAACCACUGGGACGAGGUGGAGUGGCACCUCCACCACCUCCUGGCCCUCUUCAACAAGCAGCUGAGCGGCGUGAAGCAGGAGCUUCAGGAGAAGGAGGAGCAGGAGAGCAAGCUGAAGGAGGUCAUCGGGGCCCUCAAGUCAAGUCUGCAGGAGAAGGCGGAGCAGACGAGCGGACUGAAGGAGGUGAUCUGCCGUCUCCUGCCACAUCUGCAGGACAAGAAGCAGCAGGCGUCCAGACUGAAGGAGGUGAUCGUCCAGUUGUCAGCGGAGAUCGAGGAGAUGUUCUCGGAGCUGUGCCAGCAUCAGCAGGAGAGUCAGGAGGCUCACAUGAGGCAGGAGGAGCUUCAGGAGCAGCUGGAGGCGGAGCGAGGAGCCAAGAUGGAGGCACUGAGUCAGCAAGCAGGACUUCACAAACAACUUCAGAACCUCAAGAACCUCCUCAAUGGAUUUGUGCUCCAAAACCACUCCUUCCUGAAGUCCCUGAGGAGCAAAGAGGAGAAGAAGAGUCGGUGCAGGAGGAGGACAGAAGAGAAGGAGCAGGAGGAAGGAGAUGUUCCAGGGAAGGAGAAGGAGAAGGAGAAGGAGAAGAAAGAAGGUAAAGAGCGGGAAAAGAAAGUCAAGAAGGAGGGAGAAGAAAAAGAAGGGAGAGAAAAGAAGGAGCGCGAGAAGAAGAAAGAGAGCAUGAAAAAAAGAGGGUGGCAAACGUGACCUCUGACCUCAUAGUUACUUGGAACAAGUAAUCAGAUUACUGGUUAUUCCUUUAAGAAGUUACUUUACUGAUUACUAUAUUUGACAAGUAACUAAGUCCAUUAGUUACAUUUUGUUGCCAGCGCAGAAUACAACAAACUUUAUACUUUAGAAAUGUAAAUGUGUAUUUAUGUACUACAUUAGAUUACAUCAAACUUUAUACUUUAUAUAUAUAUAUAUACAGUAUAUAAAUGUGUAUUUAUGUACUACAUUAGAGUACAACAAACUUUAUACUCUUUGAUUGACAAGUCCUAAUAAUGUGUAUUUAUCUACUACUACUACACACACACACAUAUAUGUGUAUACAUCUAUCCAUCCAUCCAUUUUCUACGGCUUGUCCCAGCUGCACAUGGACUAUCUCCAGGUGCAUGUCUUUGGAGGUGGGAGGGGCCUAUCUCCAGGUGCAUGUCUUUGGAGGUGGGAGGGGCCUAUCUCCAGGUGCAUGUCUUUGGAGGUGGGAGGGGCCUAUCUCCAGGUGCAUGUCUUUGGAGGUGGGAAGGGCCUCUGGAAUGAGUAAAGUGUAAUCUGAUUACUGGUGUUCAUGUUAUGCAUCACUUUCACUUUCUCUUCUUUUCAUGAAUAUUCUAUCAACAGAUAGUUUUUACAUCCUCUUCAUCUUCAUCUUCAUCAGAGAAAACAGAAGCAAAGUUGACAUUUAUGAUGUUUAUUUAUUACUUGUUUACGAGCCAGAACAUGCAGAAUAAUAAUAAUAAUAAUAUAUUACAUCAGAGUAUUAUUACUCUCUACAUGAAUACUUGUACUGUAAAUGCCUCAUAUUGUAUUGUCAUAGCAUGUCGCCCUCUGGUGACGUCAUAGCAUGGCGCCCUCUGGUGACGUCAUAGCAUGUCGCCCUCUGGUGACGUCAUAGCAUGGCGCCCUCUGGUGACGUCAUAGCAUGUCGCCCUCUGGUGACGUCAUAGCAUGUCGCCCUCUGGUGACGUCAUAGCAUGUCGCCCUCUGGUGACGUCAUAGCAUGUCGCCCCCUGGUGACGUCAUAGCAUGGCGCCCCCUGGUGACGUCAUAGCAUGUCGCCCUCUGGUGACGUCAGAGCACGUCAGUCGGCAGGCGUGGGCGGGGUCAAGCGUGAGGAGGCGGAGUCUCAGACUGUAGAAAUGAGUUUGACUUCUGAAGAGCUGCAGACACAUGAUCAAUUAAUAAUGUUAUUGAUUUAUGGACAUGAUCAAUGUAUAAUGUUAUUGAUUUAUGAACAUGAUCAAUGUAUAAUGUGAUUGAUUUGAGAAGAUGAUCAAUACAAGCUGACCUGGUGCUGCUGAAGCGAGUGGGCUGGUAGUCUUCCACCGCAGCCUGCAGGGACAGAUUGAAGCUGCAGUCACAAGACUGGCCAGCAGAGGGCAGCAGGUCUACUGAGAGUCAUGGUGCAGUCACAAGACUGGCCAGCAGAGGGCAGCAGGUCUCCUAAGAGAAGUCACUGCAGCUUCUCAGCUGUCACUCAGGAGUUGGUGCAUUCUUUCAAAGACUCACUUCAGUCAAUCCAGUACUCGAGUCCUUUGACACAGAGUGCAUGUGCAGCAAGUUGCACCUGUGAGUCAGUCAAACCAGUUUGUCCAUCUGUGAGUCAGUGGAGCCUCAAGUCUUUGUCGAGUAUAUUGGAGUUAGUUAACUUGAGCUUUUAUCAAUCCAUGAGUCAGUGAAACUUGAGUCUUCAUCAGUCUGUGAGUCAGUGAAACUUCAGCCUUCAUCAAUCUGUGAGUCAGUGAAACUUGAGUCUUUAUUAAUCCAUGUGUCAGUGAAACUUGAGCCUUUAUCAAUCCAUGAGUCAGUGAAACUUGAGUCUUUAUUAAUCCAUGUGUCAGUGAAACUUGAGCCUUUAUCAAUCUAUGUGUCAGUGAAACUUGAGCAUUUAUCAAUCCAUGAGUCAGUGAAAAUUGAGCCUCCAUCCAUCUGUGAGUCAUUAAAAAACUUGAGUCUUUAUCAAUCAAUGAGUCAGUGAAACUUCAGCCUUCAUCCAUCUACAAGUCAGUAAACUUGAGUCUUUAUCAAUCAAUGAGUCAGUGAAACUUGAGUGUUUAUCAAUCCAUGAGUCAGUGAAACAUGAGCCUUCAUCAGUCUGAGUUAGUAAAACUUGAGUCUUUAUCAAUCCAUGUGUCAGCGAAACUUGAGUUUUCAUCCAUCUGUGAGUCAGUGAACUUGAGUCUUUAUCAAUCCAUGAGUCAGUGAAACUUGAGUCUUUAUCAGUCUGCGAGUCAGUGAAACUUGGGUCUUUAUCAAUCCACGAGUCAGUGAAACUUGAGUCUUUAUCAGUCUGCGAGUCAGUGAAACUUGGGUCUUUAUCAAUCCACGAGUCAGUGAAACUUGAGCCUUCAUCAGUCAGUGAAACUUGAGCCUUUAUCAAUCCACGAAUCAGUGAAACUUGAGCCUUCAUCAGUCUGUGAGUCAGUAAAACUUGGGUCUUUAUCAAUCCACGAGUCAGUGAAACUUGAGCCUUCAUCAGUCAGUGAAACUUGAGCCUUUAUCAAUCCACGAAUCAGUGAAACUUGAGCCUUCAUCAGUCUGUGAGUCAGUAAAACUUGAGUCUUUAUCAAUCCAUGAGUCAGAGAAACUUGAGCCUUUGUCAAUCGGUAAUUCUGUGAAUUUUAUUGUCAGUGAAACUUGAGUCUUUAUCAAUUUGUGAGUCGGUGAAACUUGAGCCUUCAUCCAUAUGCCAGUCAAUGAAGUUUGAGUCUUUGUCCAUCCCUAAUUCAGUAAAACUUGAGUCUUUGUCCGUCUUAGUCAGAAAAGGUUGAGCCUUCAUCAAUUAGUGAGUCAGUGAAACAUAAAUUUUCAUCGAAUCAGUGAGUCUGUGAAGCUUAAGCCUCCGUCAGCUUUUGAGUCGGUGAAACUUGAACCUUUGUCAAUCCGUAAAUCAGUGAAAAUGUAGUUUUCAUCAAAUCUGUGAGCCAGUGAAACUUGAGUCUUUAUCAAACCGUGAAUCAGUGAAACUCAAGUCUUUAUCAAUUUGUGAGUCUGUGAAACUUGAGCCUCUGUCAAUUUGUGAGUUGGUGAAACUUGAGCCUUCCUCAAUCUGUCAGUCACUGAAACUUGAGUCCUUGUCCAACUCUAAUUCAGUAAAACUUGAGUCGUUGUCCAUCUGAGUCAGAAAAACUUGAGCCUUCAUCAGUUAGUGAGUCAGUGAAACUUAAUUGUCAAUUUUUGAGGUCGGUGAAACUUGAGCCUUUGUCAAUCCGUAAAUCAGUGAAAAUGUUAUUUUCAUUAAAUCUGUGAGUCAGUGAAACUUGAGUCAAAAAGGGGAAAUAAGAGUUGAUUUAAGGCAAGAAUAUGUUGUUUCUUCCACUGAGUUGAACAAUAUUUAAAUAAUAAAGUAUUGUAUUAAACCAUAAAUACUUCAUUAUAUUGGAAAAGUAUUGCAUUAUACUGUAAAUACUUCAUUAAAUGUGUAAAGUACUGUAGAUGAAUACUUCAUUAUAUGUGUAAAGUACUGUAGAUGAAUACUUCAUUAUAUGUGUAAAGUACUGUGGAUGAAUACUUCAUUAUAUGUGUAAAGUACUGUAGAUGAAUACUUCAUUCAUGGACUAUGAAUACUUUAAUAGUUCUUCUGUAUUGUAAAACUAAUAAAAAUGUCGCCCACUUUGCUGACUUGCAGGUG